AUGUUCGACGUAACCCGCCCCGAGACCUACUACCACAUCGAGCAGUGGUACGAGGUGCUAGCACACCUGGCGCGGAGAGAGCUGCCCCUCGUCCUCUGCGGGAACAAGACGGACCUCACCUACGAGCGGCGCGUCUACCCGCACCACAUCACCUUCCACAUCGAGGAAGUGAUACCGUACUUCGAGACCUCGCAGACCGCACUAUAUAACCAGGAUGCGCCGAUCUGGCAGCUAGCCGCGGAUGCGUACUCGGAUCGGGCCUGGAGCCCAGAACACAAGAUGAUGUGCAGGUCGUACGUGGCCGCAGUAGAACAGCGCCACGAGGCGUCCAUGAUGGAAUUUGACCAGUACAAGCAGGUGCUGGGCCAAACGUUGGAGUUGCUCCGCUUGCCCGGGUGCAGGGUGUACGGCGCGUCGGCGGAGGUAAGGCUCUACCUGGACCGUGUGCUGCAGGAGGAGAGACAGGUCCGCGAGUUCUUCCCGCGCAUCCACCGCACAUGCGUGCGGUUUAUUCUCCGCCCGUGCCCGAGAACGGGCGACGAGCUCCUGCAUAUGCACGUGUGCUUUGGGCGGGAUGUUACUUCGCUUCUUUGGGGUGCAACGCACUUGCGUACGCUGGUUAAUGCGCUCAUGGUACUGCAUGCUGACUGGGAGGGCCCGGUUGAAGAUGGGGAGAGUGUUCGGGGGCCUUUGCCGGCGUGGUCAGCUUGA